CACACCCCCCCUCCCGCCUAUGAGGCAGCCGUGCACUGGGCAGCCCCGGAGUUGAUAACCAGCCCGCUCAGCGCCCGCUGCCUUCAGCCAUGAGCUGUCUGGAUGUGAUGUACCAAGUCUAUGGUCCUCCCCAGCCCUACUUUGCAGCCGCCUACAGCCCCUACCACCAGAAACUCGCCUUUUACUCCAAGAUGCAGGAAGCCCCAGAGAGCACCAGCAGUGCCAGCACCAGCAGUGCCAGCAGCUCCUUCUCCAGCCAUGCCCCCCCAGCCAGCAUCAAGGAGGAAGAUGCCAGCCCUGAGAAGGAGCAGCCGCCAGAGGCUGAGUACAUCAACUCCCGCUGCGUGCUCUUCACCUACUUCCAAGGGGACAUCAGUGCUGUGGUGGACGAGCACUUCAGCCGAGCCCUGAGCCAGCCCAGCAGCUACUCACCCAGCAGCACCAAGGCCUCCAGGAGCUCCAGUUCAUGGCGGGAUGGCUCCUUCCCGAUGAGCCAGCGCAGCUUCCCACCCUCCUUCUGGAACAGCGCCUACCAGGCAUCCGCCUCACUGAGCAGCAGCCUGGGCAGUCCCCUGGCCACUGCACACAGUGAGCUGCCCUUCACUUCAGCCGACCCCUACGCACCCACUGCCCUGCACGGCCACCUGCACCAGGGCAGCACUGAGCCAUGGCACCCAGCGCACCACCACCACCACCACCACCACCACCCUUACCUGGGCACACAGGGCUCUGCUUACCCACGCCCUGCCGCAGUCCAUGACGUCUAUGGCCCCCACUUUGACCCCCGCUACAGCUCCUUGCUGGUGCCCACUGCCUCUGUACGCCCUCCCCGGCUCACGCCAGCCCCUGGAAGCCCCCAGUGCGAGCUGGGCAAGGGUGAGCCUGCUGCCCCGACGGCCUGGACCACGCCUGCACCCUUCCCCAGCCCCACGGGGGAUAUGGCCCAGAGCAUCAGCCUCAAUGUGGACACAGCUUGCCGUUACGCCUUCUGUGGUGGAUCCCUCCUGAGCUGAUCUGCUGAUUCAAAGAUCCCCAGAGAGAGCCCCACUUCCCCCUUCCCUGCAGACCAGCCCACCACGACUCAGCAUCUAUGCCAAGCAAAGACAUGUUCAAAGCCAAGAUCAUGGGAGAGAAAAGCAAAGGAACUUCAAACUACUUGGCAUUGCAAGGACAGCACAGACUUUUUGUGGAAGCCGGGGUUCCUUCUGUUAGAAGAGGAGAGCCAAAGACGCUGACUUUUAUUUAAACUAACUCUGCACCCUGAACUGUGUUUUAAAACAGUCAAAUGUCAUGGAUGGUGACGUGAAAUCACAGGUCUUCUUAAGGCAGGGAUGACAUUUUUUUUGGUGGUGUUGUGAAUAUUUUUUUUUUAUGCCAAUGAGAAUUAUUUCUUGAAAGCAGCGUGGGGAGAUAUCCAGCAAUUUUGAACUGGAUUUUUACUUUACAUCAUAGAACUGUAAAAGGAAAGGACAUUUUAAUUCAUGAACAUUUUGGGACUGUCAACAAAACUGGUCAAAUCUGUCAGCCUGUGGUUAUGAGUGGCAAGUGACUAGCUUGGCCCACCUGCCCUGGGCUUAUAGAAAUGCAGCUGUUCCAGGGACAACUGUUCAAACUCCAGAAACAUGACAACCCAAGGUGGCACUUCUCAGAGUUUGGCACAGCAUUUGCAUUGGAUAUAUAUAAUUUUUUUUACAAGAAACAUUUUAUGGUGAAAGAAGAAACCCUUCAAAAAAAGGAGGGAAACAAAACCAAAAACAAAACAAAAAAAGCUGACAGCCAUUAUGGGGAACAACUGGAGAACACCAGAAGGAAAGGCAUGUUAUGGACGACUGAUCUCAGUUGCCUCUAAUAUUUCUCUUUGUCUGUGUGUUGCUGUCGUUUGGUCACUUUAGUGGUAUUUCUUUUUUUGUUUUUUUGGAGGGGGGAGUAAGAGAUGUAUUUAAUUGUAGGAAAGCUGCAUUAAAGAUGUCUCCUUCUUUCACCCUUUGUGUGCUUUUGUGAAAAAUUAAAGUUAAAUAGUUUGGGAGGAGUUUCAGGGUGUGGAUAGGGAAAAAUACCUGUAAUGUGGACAAAACAAACUAUUUUAUUACUUUGCAUUAAAACUAAAAAUAAAUCUGUAUGGUGCAAAAUGUUUUCUUACAUGAGUAAAAGAAAUGGUGACGAAUACAGAAGAAUAAAAUACAGUCUUUUUGA